AUGUGUUUUCGACACUUUGGAGUGCUCCCUUCGGUCAUUAUUGUAGCGUACAUCGAACUUAUCUACGCUCAAAGUCAUGCUGAUGUUAAACGGCUCCACACUGAUUUAUUUACCGACUACAAAAAAGAAAUUAUACCCACGGCAGACCAAUCAAAACCAUUAGUGAUAGGAGUUACAUUUUUUAUAGCGUCAUUCAAUUCGUUUAAUGAGGUAGACGAAACAAUAUCUCUGACUGGAGCAGUAGAGAUGAAUUGGACCGAUCCAGCUCUAAUAUGGGAUCCAACCUUGUAUGGUAAUGCAAACUCUACUACAAUUAAUCCGAAAGAUUUGUGGCUUCCUCAAAUAUAUCUCACAAACUCUGUUGACUCAAUGAAUCCAGUAGGGGAUGACUCAAAAGUUUUCCCUACAAUUGGAUACACUGGAAAUGUGUUUUAUAGUCACGGGGGAAUUCUAAAGGCUAAAUGUCCUACGGACAUAUCGAAGUUUCCGUUUGAUAGUCAGACAUGUACGCUAGAAUUGAUGACUUGGGGAUUCCUUGAGUCUCAACUUUUUUUGUCUUCCAAUUUCGACAAAGCUCAGCUUGGCUUCUUUGAUGCACAUUUAGACUGGAAUCUGUUAGAAUACUCUACACAUGUUGAAAGAGUGUCUUAUGGAUACAGUAUGUUAAAAGUUAAACUUACCUUUAAACGAGAACCGUUAUAUUUCACGGUCAUGAUUAUUCUUCCGACACUUCUAUUUUCGCUUUUGAAUCCAUUAGUUUUCGUCCUACCCGUAGAAUCUGGAGAAAGAGUGUCAUUAUCGAUGACAAUUUUAUUGUCAUACGCCAUAUUUUUAACACUUGUGUCAGAUUCGAUUCCUGCUACUUCAAAUCCUAUGUGCGUUUUAUUAAGUGUCAUGAUUGCCAUCAUUUCGAUCAGCGGUGUGAUCGUUAUAGGUUCCAUAAUGAAUGCAAAAUACUUCUACCUCGAAAAUGACAAACUCAUUGGAAUGGUGAUGAAAUAUUUCACCAAACUGUGGAUGAGAAAAAUGAACAAAGUGAUUCCAAUAGAUGAAUACAAAGAACCGACAAUUAGGAGGAAGGAUGUAACGGAGAUGUUAGAUUCUCUUUUCUUCUAUGGAACCUAUAUUUUAAUACUUGUUAUCAUUUCUAGUUACUUUUGUUAUGUCUUAUUAUAA